GUUGAAGCAAGAACCAACCACAACUACUAAAAACAUCAGACAUGGUCGAAGCACACCAUCCACUCAGCCCGAACGACGAAGACGAAAGAAGGAAGAACGACGACAAACUAGAACGAAAUCAAGAACAAGCAGAAGAACAAGAAGAAGAACGAGAGCUAGUCAACAAAAAGUCAUACUUCCACCUCAAAGCUCACUCAGAUCUCAUCCUCAACCAACCAACAACCUCAUCAUCAUCAUCAUCAUCAACAGCAGCAGCAACAACGACGAAAAAAACUGACCAACAACAGCAACUACCCGAACUCAUCCAGAAACUCACUCUCAACUCACAAACACCUACCAGGAUCAGAUUGAUACGCGAUGAUACUCUCAAACAGACAACUGAAUCAUCAAACCCAACCCAGACUAGGCCUCCCUCAAACUCUCGUUCAUCCAGCUAUCACUCAUUCAAUAUUCAAUCCAAUCAUACUCCUACCUCAAAAUCAACCAACAAGCAAUCUUAUCAGCAGCAGCAAAAUCAUUAUUAUCAUCAUCAUCAUCAUCAGAAACUCAAGAUCUCUCUAUCCGAUCAGCCACAUCUGAUACCCACCAAAUCACAACUCCUCCUCGAACUGAAGAAGGUCCACAACCCAGAUAACCUACCCGAACUCGUCGAUCAGAACGCACUCAACUCACUCAUGCUCUCACUGAUUCGAGAACUAUCACUAAAACUUAACCAGACUCAAGAGGAACUCAAGACAAGCCAACUCGAGAUCAAUGGAUUGAAGGACCUACUCAUCAAUACUUACUCUGUCGGCUCAGGUGAAAUCGAACGCUGUCUCGUUCGUGCUCGAGUACCAGAUCCACCUCCAAAAACUGAUAUGAAUAGUAAAACAUCAACCUCAAAUAUCGUCAAACCAUCGACCUGGCAGGUUCAACUUAACGACCAACACGAGGAUCCCCCUUCGACCGAUAACCUCCACCUUAACCUCUCAACUAGCUCAUCAUUCUCAUCCUCAUUGGGUCCGUCAUGCUCAACUGCUCAACUAGAUCUAGAUGACCUCAGGGAAGCCAUGUCGGAUAACCCAUGCUUCGACACUGUCUCCUCCUCAAGCUGUCGUUCGCGAUCUCAACUUACCUCUCCUGCCUCCCUAAAUAAUCAUAUCCCAGAAUCACCCCUACCACCCAACCUCACUCAAUCCACCAAGAAGAAGAGCAACUACCACUCUCCUUCUACCUCAAAGUUAUUUCAUCCGUCCAGCAUCCUCAAUGGCAAGUAUCGAAAAUCUGCACCGAUUCCACCCAUCCUACCACCUUCAUCAGAUCAUCAUGAUCACCACAACUACCACCAGCACCACCACCAGCACCAGCACCAGCACCAGCACCACCAGAGUAUUGAAGAAUUAACAGCUGAACGCAGAGGUACCAUUACUUCAUCAUCUACCCUUCACACGCGCACAACUUCGAUUGGUAGCAGUCUCAGCGGAGUCUCAUCCGCCCCUGGUACCCGUCAGCCACCCAACAACGUCUGGGGUCUCUAUGGAUGGAAAUGGAAUAAACGUAACAAGAUAAACAGCGCACCCGUCGGCGCACAGAUCGAAGUUGAUGGCCCGGCGAAUGGCGAGGAUUGCGUGUCCCCGGAGAAUGAACUUGGAGGCGGACCACUGGACGAUCCUACCCUCAUUGGUCCAGCUUCUGUAGACCGGCAAGAAAACUCGCAAAUUCCACAGUCGCCCACUCGUCCCAAACGCAGUCCUACCGAUGCCUCGAGCAGCAGUACAAUACUUUCUGGAUUGUUUGAUAGCCUCACUCGGAGAAAACGAGCUGAAUCCAAUCACUCUCACCUUCAGCAACCGUCUCUUCAAUCCUUCAACUCUCGUUCCACUGUCCCAGGAUCAUCCGAGGAACAAUUCCCUGUGCCAAUUGAUGUCUCUUCAAGUCUUGCCCCUCGCUCUCCAUCUCUAAUUCUCAACUCCUCAGCCUCCAUCAACACUCAAAAUACCUCAAGCAAUUCAUCCUGUUCAGUCGAUCACCCCAGCACGCAUCCUCAACUUGAUCCUCUUGAUCAUUCUCAUCAAGCCGACCUGACACUCUCCUUGCCAAGUUUGAAGAGAUCGGAUAGUCGAGGACACGAGCCUUCCAGUCAACUCCCUUCAGAGUCAGAACUAUUGUCCGCCGCGCCUAGUGAUUCGCAUUCAGCUCCUUCUUCUUCCGACUUGACCCCUCCUCUGGGAGGCACAGACAGAUUGACGGACAACCCAGAUAACCAUUCACUUGACCCAUCAUCCUCUAUCUCGAAUCAAGCGACUAGUAGCCAGGCCACCCCUCUGGCUAAAAUUUCUCGAAAUCCUAUCACAACAUCAGAUCCCUCUACCGUCAACCGCCGACCCUCCUUGAUCAAUCUCAAAUCACCUGCCGAAUCUUUUGUGUCAGGCUCCAAAGGCUUGCCCACCCUCGCCACCCACGCCGACAUGAUGGUCCACGGCGAAAGGUCUCAGCUGCCUGCAGUCCUCAGUGGAUUGUCUGGCGACAAUCCCAAACAUCAACUGACUCCCGAGCUCAAUAAUACUGGGGAUCAUACCCACGCCAGUCCGGAUGGUGACUCAUCUUCUUACUCACAGUCAGUCAAUUCAAGUCUGACCGGUCCCGAGCUCAGUGACCGGAACAACACACGGCUUCAAACGCAGCCCAGCCACCAGAACCUCUCGAUCCGCUCCUCCAAAUCUAGCGUGGUUACUAGCGCGUCUCAGAUGAAAUCAAAGCCACAGGUCAAGCUAACUCAGCCAGCAACAACCAAAAGCUAUCUUUCAACAGCCACUGGGACUAUCGGAAAGGCUUUGAGUUCCAAUCCGUCAUCCGAGAUCACCAUCCCGGCCGAAUUCGAACCUAAUGUGACUACCGUGCCUAAGGCUGCGUUUGGUCGAUUAGCUUCUGUGUACUUCAAAGCUCAUGAUUCGCGAGCCUACGGAUCUCCUUCGAGGUCUUCAAAUAACAAGACCAGUUCAACUUCCAUCCUCUUUACUGGUCAAGCUCCCCAUCAUCGUUCGCUCGGCAACACAAUCUCUGGUAUUGAUCAUGGAGCAGAUGGAUUUUCGACCAAACAAUCCUCAACCACCGCACCUCCCAGCGAGCCGAUCAACCAUCAUGGUCUCAAUAAACUCAAGUUUCUCCCGCCCCUCUCAAACAGCACGAUGGAGCUUAGCACGUUUAUCAAUCCCCAGUCCAACCCACCCCCAUUCUCUAAUAUCAGUCGCGACGAAGAGGCUCGAGGCUUAGAUGCGCCCCCUGGUCCGUCUCCGGGCGCCGCAGAUGACGAACCCAUUGUCGAUCGUUUUGGGUUCAUCGUCGAUGUCAAGUACGGCCUGAAGUUAAUGCGAAAGUCUAGAGACAAGAAAAAGCAGCUGGCAAAGGAACGACUGGCUGCUUUGGAAGAGCAACAUCCUUCUGAACCGCCUCAAUCCUCAACAGAAGAUCCGAUACAUCCUCCCGAGCCUCCGAUGGAUCCAGCUCUUUCAAGUGAGACUUCAUCGACUUCUUUCAAUUCACCCUCCUCACGUGUCCUCUCUCUGGCCCCUACUGAAGAGAACAGUAAAUUUAACUCAACACGUUGUGAUGCCAGUGUCGAGGGCUCUGACCUCGACCAUACACCGAUGAUGACAACCGCGCUACCAAUCAAAUCACAAGUUGAUGUAGAAGCCGAACUGUCCUCUUUACGCGAAGCGUUGGGCCUCUCGCCAGCGAUAAAACCUGCUGGCAAAGAUCUUCAAAGCUCGACGGCGGACUCAGCGGACACUAGUCUUACCAAUCAAGCCCCCUCGAUUGAUCCGGUGGUCGAGUCAUCAACCCAGAGCAUCCGAAGGCUUCUUUUUCCAGUUGAACGAAAUGCAAAACAUGCUAGAAAAGAAACAAAUGGAAGCCUGGGGACAGUUUAUCACGAAGCGUCGAAUGAAACUGAUGAGAGUUUCAAACUCUUCCAGUCCGCACAUCCUGUCUCCCAGUCCAAUCAGUGA